AAGCACAUGCAAGCACCCAUCUCCUCUUCUUCUCUCUCUCCUUUUUAGCCCACUCACCAUGCAUGCAACUUUGCACACCUCCAAGUUUGUCACUUGGAAAACAUAAACGCCUUCCGAUGGUGGAGACUGAGACUUCCAAGUGACUCUCAAGGACGACGUUCAUCUGAGAAAGGGAGAGGAAAAGUGAUUGUUUCCUCGGAAAUUAAUGAGGAGACACGGCGAAUGAAUGUUAGAGCUGUUCAACGGUAGGAUUUGUCGUUCCCGCCAUGUGGAUGACACGUGUCAAGGACCGCGGGCCCCGCCUCUCAUACUUGUCCUCCGGCGAUUGGGUUGCUCUUAGGCAACAGCAAAGAAAAGGCAAAAGUAGGUGGAAGAUGGUUGCCUUCGGGAAGAAGCUGAGAGAAACUCAAAUUCAAGAAUGGCAAGGGUAUUACAUAAACUACAAGUUUUUGAAGAAGAAGGUCAAUCGGUAUGCUCAUCAAAUUGAAGUUGGAGAUGUAGAUCGGCCUUCCAUUCUUCGAGACUUCUCAAGAUUGCUAGAUUGCCAGAUAGAAAAGAUUGUUCUGUUUUUGCUGGAACAACAAGGAGUUCUAGCAAGAAGGCUGUUCAUCCUCGGAGAACAACGUGAUGCUCUUCUGGAGCAGCAGGAAGAUGGAUCAAAAGCUUCUGAAUUACAAGAAGCGUACAGAGGAGUGGGACGAGAUCUGCUGAGGCUUCUCUUCUUCAUUGAGAUGAACGCCAUUGGUCUGCGUAAGAUACUGAAGAAAUUCGACAAGCGUUUCGGUUAUAAAUUCAUGGACUAUUAUGUCAAAACUCGUGCAGAUCAUCCUUACUCCCAACUGCGGCAAGUGUUCAAGCAUGUGGGUUUUGGGGCCGUUGUUGGAACGAUUUCUCGCAAUCUGUCUGUACUAAAAGAUCAUCAAGGGAGCUAUGUGUCGAUAUAUGAUCAGCCCACUCUCUCUCACCCGGAUCCUAUCAUAGACUCCAUCAACGUGGCCGUGCAUAGGUUAUCAAACUCAACCACUUUUCUUCAUUAUGUGGGAAAACAUGCACUUAUCAUGCAAGAAGAGUUACCAACUCCAUCUGAGGAGGGCGACGAUGCUGAGCAUAGAUACCAUUUCAUGUCACUUAUGCUGAAUCUUGCAAAUACGUUCCUAUACAUGGUGAAUACAUAUAUAAUAGUCCCAACAGCGGACCAUUACUCGCUCAGCCUCGGGGCUGCAGCGACUGUCUGUGGUGUUGUGAUCGGUUCAAUGGCAGUGGCACAAGUGUUCUCAUCGGUUUAUUUUAGUGCCUGGUCGAACAGGUCAUACUUGAAACCACUUUUGUUCAGUAGCAUUGUUCUUCUCAUGGGCAACACCUUGUAUGCUCUGGCGUAUGAUCUCAAUUCUUUGUCAAUUCUCCUGAUCGGUCGUCUAUUCUGCGGUUUAGGUUCCGCCCGAGCCAUUAACAGGCGGUACAUCAGUGACUGUGUACCUCUUAAAUUACGGAUGCAAGCUUCUGCUGGGUUUGUGACUGCAAGUGCCCUUGGAAUGGCAUGUGGGCCAGCCCUCGCCUGCUUAUUUCAGACGGAUUUUAGGAUCUACAGGAUUACGUUCAACGAAGAUACCCUACCAGGGUGGUUUAUGGCUCUGGCAUGGCUCGUCUAUCUUCUAUGGCUGUGGAUUUGUUUCCGAGAACCUCCUCCCGUGCCCACAGAAAAGACUUCUUCCCAUGGAGCAAAGUCUGGAUUUUUAGCAAUAGCGAAUGAUGCUGUAGAAAAUGGCGGAACUCAACCAUUGCUCUUGAACUCAAAAGCGAAAUCAGAUGAUGGAGAUGAGGAUGAACAAGAAGACAAUGGUGAUGACGAAUUGGAUAAAACUCAAAAACCUGUCACUUCGAUCGUCUCAGCUUAUAAGCUGUUGACACCAUCUGUUAAGGUUCAGUUACUUGUUUACUUCAUGCUCAAGUACGCGAUGGAAAUUUUGCUUGCUGAGUCGAGCGUUGUCACUGAGUAUUACUUCAUCUGGUCAACGAAUACUGUGGCGAUAUUCCUCGCAUGUCUUGGACUAACUGUGCUUCCUGUGAACAUUAUUGUCGGGAGCUACAUCAGCAACAUAUUCGAAGAAAGGCAAGUUCUGUUGGCAUCGGAGAUAAUGGUCUGCGUCGGCAUACUCUUGAGCUUCCAGAUAAUGAUCCCCUACUCUGUGCCUCAGUAUGUCGGUUCUGCACUCAUAACAUUCGUCUCUGCCGAAGUCCUUGAAGGUGUAAAUCUGUCUCUACUUUCGAGGGUCAUGUCCUCUCGGCUUUCUCGUGGGACCUAUAACGGGGGUCUGCUAUCGACUGAAGCUGGGACCCUUGCUCGGGUCAUUGCAGAUGGGACGAUAACACUGUCGGGUUACUUGGGCGAGCACUGGCUCUUGAAUGCAACCUUACUCCCUACUCUCUUCAUCUGUAUAGCCUCCAUUACUGCCACCUGCUUCACUUACAAUUCUCUCUACUAGCCGCCCUCACUACUUAGGAUCAUCAACUCUCUAUAUAUCAGUAUCAUAGAGCGGAUAGAAACCGUGAUGUACAACGAUGUUAGCUCAUCGAGGAUCAUCGACGUCGCUUAAUAACCCUGCAUCAGUGGGAAAUAGCAAUGGUGACUAGGGUGUGCAUGGGGUAGGUUUUGGGUAAUACUUGCUAAGAAAAGGUAGGAUCCGGGUAAGAAAAUUGAGAACCGGUAAAAUCCGGUCCGAUUUCGGUCCAACUAAUAGGGUACCUAGAAUCGGAACUGGAAUCCGGAACCGAAUUGUUCUCUAUAUAUAUUACUGUAUUACAUACGUAUGUAUGUACAUAUGUUAUAAAAGAAAAAGGCAAAUCUUACCGAAGAAAAA